CUAUGCGUAAUACCAAAAUUCUGGCUGGUUCUUCUCACCCUGAGCUUGCUGCUCUUGUCUCAAAGCGUCUUGGGACACCACUUUCUGACUGUACUUUAAAGAAGUUUAGUAAUAAAGAAACCAAUGUUGAAAUACGUGUUUCUGUUCGUAACGAGGAUGUUUUUAUUAUCCAAAGUGGUAGCAACAAUAUGAAUGAUAAUAUUAUUGAGCUUUGUAUCAUGAUUCAAGCUGCUCGUAUUGGCUCAAGUAAGCGUAUUACUGCUGUUCUUCCUUACUUUCCUUACUGUAAACAAAGUAAGCGUAAAGGUAGAACAAGUAUUACUGCCAAACUUGUUGCUAACAUGUUGGCUGUUGCUGGUGUUGACCAUAUCAUUACCAUGGAUCUUCAUGCUUCACAAAUGCAAGGUUUCUUUCAACGCCCUGUUGAUAAUCUGUAUGCUGAACCUGUUAUUGCCCGUUGGAUCACACAAAGUGUUCCCAACUGGCAAAACGGUGUCAUUGUGUCCAAGAAUGCAGGCGGUGCUAAAAGAGUUACUUCUUUAGCUGAUGCUCUUCGUCUUGAUUUUGCUUUGAUUCACAAGGAUCGUUCUCGUAUGGGUCCUCAAGGCCACAACCGUCCUUACAGUGGCAUGCCCAAGCAUGGUGAAGGUGACAGUGUGCGUGUUUAUGAAGAAGACGAUAACGAAGAAGAUGAUUUGACUGCUUCCAUCUCAUCUCUGAAUGAAGCGGGCACGAAUGGCGAUAUCUUGAAUGCUGCUGUCAGUGUGGUUGCUGAUAAGGAUGGUGAGAGUACAAUUACUUUGGUGGGUGAUGUCAAGGACAAGAUUGCCUUUUUGACUGAUGAUAUUAUCGAUAAUGUGGGUACCUUCUUGGAUGCUGCUGAACAUUUGGUUCAUAAAUGUGGUGCUGAUAAGGUGUAUAUCAUUGCUACUCAUGGUGUCUUGAGUGGAGAUGCUAUUCAAAAGAUUGAAUCUUGUGAUAGUGUAUACAAGUUGGUUGUCACCAAUACCUUCCCUAUUCCAAAGGAAAAAAUGGACCAAUCUUCUAAAUUGGUAGUCAUUGAUAUUUCUUAUACAUUAGCAGAAGCCAUUCGAAGAACACACAAUGGUGAAAGUGUUAGUUAUCUCUUUAAUCAUGCAGAAUAAAAUAGAAUACUUGUUAUAAAAAAGAGUUAAGGAGCAUAUAUAUAUAUAUAUAUAUAAUAAAGAAGGGAGGAGGGGG